CAAGCUGCAGCAAGUAUUUAGGAAGAUCAGGGCUGUGGUGGCAGAGAGUAAAGACCCAUCUGUUGUUUCGUUGUUUGUUUGUUUAUUUCUCCUCCUCACACCUCCUCCCCCUUUCCUCCCAUCCCCCCUCCCUCCCCCCCCGCUUAAAUCCAGGGACCAUUCACGUCGCUUGCAAAUGAGACUUGGGCGAUACUGAGAGAACAGCGUGUUGCAUGGUGUGUGUGUAUGUGCAUGCAUGCGCAGGGGUAGGAUUCUCGUUCCUCAGCAUUUGCCUGUGAUCAGAAGAAAACAGGAUGUGCCCAAAGCUGGAGGAGUGACAAUGUUAGCCGACUGGGGCUCACCUGCUGGUGAUCUUUGCAGAGGCAUUUGAGGAUUAUUCAGCUCCAGAAGGUCUGUGCGAGGAAUGUUAUCGCUGCCGUGGCUGAAAAUAGGAGGUGCCUACCCCUACCCAUCUUGAUUAUUGCCACCAAAAGCAUUGCUUUGCCAUCAUCGUAGGAAGAAGCAAUUGCUGCCAACAACAAGGUUAUGAGGAUUAUGACCACAUGUGCAGCUCUGCAUAUCUGUCCACUUGGAGAUGAUGGUGACUCCUUAGAGAACAUACGCAAGCUUCUCGUUAACCAUCAGUGUAGUGCUCCUUUUAUUCAAAAGAUCUGGUAACUGCUUUUCACCAGCUCUCCAGUUUUGUUCCAUCAUGGUAUCUCUACCAGCCUGAACCAUUUCCUAAAAUGGUCCCUUUGCUGUUCCUUGCAAUCCUGUUAUUGAAGGAAGAUGUCUGUGGGAAUUUUGGGCUUUUGGUUUCUGCACAGGCCAAUGAAAGAAGGGUGGUUGCACACAUGCCUGGUGAUAUUAUCAUUGGAGCUCUAUUCUCUGUCCACCAUCAACCAACAGUUGACAAGGUUCAUGAGAGGAAAUGUGGAGAGGUAAGAGAGCAGUAUGGCAUUCAGAGAGUGGAGGCAAUGCUACAUACCCUUGACAGAAUUAACUUGGACCCCACACUGUUGCCAAAUAUAACGCUAGGAUGUGAAAUAAGGGACUCCUGCUGGCAUUCUGCUGUGGCUCUGGAGCAGAGCAUUGAGUUUAUAAGGGACUCUCUUAUUUCAUCAGAAGAAGAGGAAGGAAUGGUGAAAUGUGUCGAUGGAUCUUCAUCGUCUUUCCACUCCAAGAAACCCAUUGUUGGUGUCAUUGGACCUGGCUCUAGCUCAGUUGCUAUCCAGGUCCAGAACUUGUUGCAGCUUUUCAAUAUACCUCAGAUCGCUUAUUCUGCCACAAGCAUGGACCUAAGUGACAAAACUCUGUUCAAAUAUUUUAUGAGAGUCGUGCCAUCUGAUGCACAGCAAGCACGGGCUAUGGUGGACAUUGUCAAGCGCUAUAACUGGACCUAUGUUUCUGCUGUACAUACUGAAGGAAACUAUGGAGAAAGUGGAAUGGAAGCUUUCAAAGAUAACGCAGCCAAGGAAGGGAUCUGCAUUGCACAUUCCUACAAGAUCUAUAGCAAUGCUGGUGAACAGAGCUUUGACAAGCUGCUGCGAAAGCUUCGGAGCCACCUGCCCAAGGCAAGAGUGGUUGCCUGCUUCUGUGAAGGCAUGACUGUGAGAGGGCUCUUAAUGGCCAUGAGACGCCUGGGACUCGCUGGAGAAUUUUUGCUGCUGGGCAGUGAUGGCUGGGCAGACAGGUAUGACGUGACAGACGGGUACCAGCGUGAAGCUGUCGGUGGAAUAACAAUCAAGCUCCAGUCUCCUGACGUUAAAUGGUUUGAUGAUUACUACCUACAGCUUCGCCCAGAAACCAAUCACCGAAAUCCAUGGUUUCAGGAAUUUUGGCAGCACAGGUUCCAAUGUCGGUUGGAAGGCUUUCCUCAAGAGAAUCCAAAAUAUAACAAGACUUGCACAAGCCAGAUGACCCUGAGGACGCAACACGUUCAGGACUCCAAGAUGGGCUUUGUGAUCAAUGCAAUAUACUCGAUGGCGUACGGCCUCCACAACAUGCAGCUCUCGCUCUGCCCAGGCUAUGUGGGCCUCUGUGAUGCCAUGAAGCCCAUAGAUGGUCGGAAGCUCCUGGAAUCCCUCAUGAAGACUAACUUUACCGGCGUCUCUGGGGACAUGAUCUUGUUUGAUGAGAAUGGCGACUCACCAGGAAGAUAUGAAAUAAUGAAUUUCAAGAAAAUGGGGAAGGACUACUUUGAUUAUAUCAAUGUUGGCAGCUGGGACAAUGGUGAGCUGAAAAUGGAUGACGACGAAAUAUGGUCAGAGAAAAAUAAUAUCAUCAGAUCUGUGUGCAGUGAACCCUGUGAAAAAGGCCAGAUAAAGGUGAUCCGUAAAGGAGAAGUGAGUUGCUGCUGGACCUGUACUCCUUGUAAAGAGAAUGAAUAUGUAUUUGAUGAAUAUACAUGCAAAGCCUGCCAGCUCGGUUCCUGGCCCAACGAUGACCUCACAGGUUGUGACCUCAUCCCAGUCCAAUAUCUCAGAUGGGGUGAUCCUGAACCAAUUGCAGCAGUUGUUUUUGCAUGUCUGGGUCUGUUGGCCACCCUGUUUGUUACAGCUAUAUUCAUAAUGUACCGCGAUACUCCAGUAGUCAAAUCAUCCAGCCGAGAACUUUGCUACAUCAUUCUAGCUGGCAUUUGCUUGGGUUACUUGUGCACAUUCUGCCUGAUUGCAAAACCUCAACAGAUUUACUGUUAUCUUCAACGAAUUGGCAUCGGCCUCUCUCCAGCUAUGAGUUAUUCUGCUCUAGUAACUAAAACCAACCGUAUUGCAAGAAUCCUGGCUGGAAGCAAGAAGAAAAUUUGUACAAAGAAACCUAGGUUCAUGAGUGCCUGCGCCCAACUGGUUAUUGCGUUUAUCUUGAUAUGUAUACAGUUAGGCAUAAUUGUUGCCCUCUUUAUAAUGGAGCCACCAGAUAUAAUGCAUGAUUACCCAAGCAUCCGAGAAGUCUACCUGAUUUGUAACACCACCAACUUGGGUGUUGUAACUCCCCUUGGAUACAAUGGAUUAUUAAUUUUGAGUUGCACCUUUUAUGCAUUUAAGACAAGAAAUGUCCCAGCUAAUUUCAAUGAAGCAAAGUAUAUUGCCUUUACAAUGUAUACAACCUGCAUCAUUUGGCUGGCUUUUGUGCCAAUAUAUUUUGGAAGCAACUACAAGAUAAUCACCAUGUGUUUCUCAGUGAGUCUGAGUGCCACGGUGGCCCUUGGCUGUAUGUUUGUGCCCAAGGUCUACAUCAUUCUUGCUAAGCCUGAAAGGAAUGUACGCAGUGCAUUCACCACGUCGACUGUGGUCCGCAUGCAUGUAGGGGACGGAAAAUCAUCUUCAGCUGCAAGCCGUUCAAGCAGCCUUGUGAACCUGUGGAAAAGAAGGGGAUCAUCUGGCGAAACCCUUAGGUACAAAGGCAGGAGACUGGCCCCGCACAAGUCGGAAAUAGAGUGUUUCACCCCAAAAGGGAGUAUGGGGAAUGGUGGGAGAGCUACAAUGACCAGUGAAGAAUCUGUUUGCAUUCCAGACUGUAAUCGAUCUGAAUCAAGUAGAGAGGAGAAAAAGCUUCCUGUUAAAGAGGAUGCCCUAACAGUCAAAAAGACUGGAAACUGUGUCAGUCUAAUAGUUCCACAGCAAGACUGUCAGCUACAAGACCUACUCAAACACUCUAAUGGGAAAUCAGUUUCCUGGGCCCAGAAUGAGAAAAGCAGCAGAGGAGCACACCUGUGGCAGCGACUGUCAAUUCACAUCAACAAAAAAGAGAACCCCAAUCAAACUGCAGUGAUCAAGCCUUUUUCUAAAAGCACAGAUAGUAGCCGACAUAGUAGCAGUGCUACAUUUCCUGAGGCCAGUGCCAAAACACUUUACGAUGUUUCGGAAGCAGAAGAGCAAUACCCAGCUCAGUACCGACCGCAGACUCCCUCACCUAUCAGCACCUUGAGCCACAGAACUGCCUCCGUUAGCCGAACAGAAGAUGACGCCCCUACCUUCCAGUCAGAGCCUCCUCAGAGAAGUAGCUCCUCUCAAGGUUCCCUUAUGGAGCAGAUCAGUAGUGUGGUUACUCGCUUUACAGCCAACAUCAGUGAGCUGAACAAUAUGAUGCUUUCAACAGCCACUCCAGGGACAAUGGUGGCCACUCCUCUCUGCUCUUCAUACCUGAUCCCACGGGAAAUCCAGCUCCCUACGACAAUGACCACAUUUGCAGAGGUCCAACCGCUUCCUGCCAUUGAAGUCAAUGGCGCUUCGCAGUCAGCUCGGAAACCUUCAAGUGGCAGCAUCAAAGAAGGCACUUCAGAGACCCCAGCAGCCAAGCAAGACCUUGAGGAGUUGGUAGCUUUAACUCCUCCUUCUCCUUUUAGAGACUCCAUUGAUUCUGGAAGUGCAUCUCCCAGCUCUCCAGUUUCCGAAUCAGCUCUCUGUAUGCCAUCCUCCCCAAAGUAUGACACACUCCUUAUCAGAGAUUAUACUCAAAGUUCGUCUUCGCUGUGAAUGUAGUUCAAGACAAUGUUGGAUCUCAAUGACUACAAGCAAGAAGCAAGGGGACAGCCGAGCCUUCAAGAUCUCCAGUGUUUACGCAGAUAGAGAGGCAUUGGGUCAUCUUGUGAGAAACAGAGAGGAAGAGGAGGAAUUACUUGAUAAACAGAAACAUCAGAUUGAUCAUGCUGUUCUAAAGACAAAAUGACUCUUGGCAGAUUAUCGUGGCCUUAAAAAAACAUGGGCUUUUCAGAAACACUGAAUCUAUUUUUGAGGGCUUAUAAGGAGUCUGUUAAAUCAGUUACAUACCAAGUGCUUUGCUUUAGUAUUACAAUGAACCGUGUGUACAAUAUACGGGGUGGGGGGAAACUAGAUUGUAAACAACUGUACAAUGGUUUGUUUGUUUACUCUGAUUCCUUACCCAGAAGUGAACCUUGAUCUUUUAUCAAGAAUAGAAGACCAAACAUUGAAUGUACAUUUUCUAACAGACUCAAAUCUGGGACCAACCUGUCAAGCUUUCUUUUUUUUUUUUUUUCUAUGAAGAUCUCAAACAGUAGUAAUGUAUGUUCACUAACUACCAAACUUUAUGCUGAAGCAUAUUGUGUCCGUGAUACGUUACACGUGGAUAACACUAAGCUGAGGCUUUGCAGUGAGUGACUGCAAUAUGGAGGGCUUUACAAAUGACUUCUGAACCUACACAUUUCUUUAUGAAAUUCUCUUCUAUCAGUAUCAAAAAUUCAAUUUGCUGACAUUGGAUUCACCUUCACAGCAACAAAACCCAAGGAAGAUUUCCUGACUAUUUCACCAUGUUGCCAACUAAUAAUGAAGUAGCAAAAAAUAUUUUCUGGAGUACUGUUUUGUAAUUCCCUUAUCAGGGCAAGUUGUUGAGGUGAAUAUUCUCUUUCUAGCAGCACUAUGAAGCUAUAUUAUAGCUGCACUCCCUACUGAAAUUAACACAUUUUUAUGGACGUUCUCAUGCUAACAGCAAUUAAAAUACUUAUUUGGGCUCCCAUAAUAUUUGCUUGUAAGGAUCAGGUAAAAACUCCAAUGUUUUUCUCCAUACUUUGAAUGACAGUAUUCUAGGAGACCAAUCUGGAUUAUGAUGAAAACUGUCAGUGGAAAGGUUGUCAUAAUCAUAAUUUAUUUAUAGGGAAAAACACUCUGUGUCAAAAUCUGCUUAGAAGUGAUUUAGUUACUCUUUAAUAAGCAACAAUUUUAACUUUAUUUAGCUGCUGAUGUCUUGCAGCUAUGAACUGUGACAAAAAAAAUACUUUCAAAGCAAUACAAAGUAAAAGUUAAAACAGAGAAGACCUGAUGAGUUAUGAACCAACGGAGUCUUUCUUUGUUUCUUAGCAACUCACAGAAGAAGCAAGGGGAUUCCUCAUGUUUUUUUCCUAUAUCAAGGUAGUACAGAUUAGUGCACUUCAUACUGUCACAGCACUUUUUUAAUACAGGCAGGGAAGAGUUUUAAAGUUUAAAUAGAAGAUAAAUAAUUUUUGAUAGGUGUAAUUACAUAGAACUUGUAAGUCAGGCCCUAAACGCACACUGUAUUGGCUCUCUCCUUCAUGACAUAGCUGUCCUCAGGUGCCAAACUUUUAUGGGUUUGUUUUAUUUUAUUCAAGGAUAGUAUGAGGUAGUGAGUGAUGUACUUCAAUUCAAAGUUGAGUUGAUAUAGCCUUAUAUAGAAGACAGCCUCAUGGAAGUGAGCCUUGAAAUAAGGCUGCUAUGUUUCAUUUUCAAAACCUCUAGAUCUUAUUUAUUCAAAGAUAACAAAUAUUUUGUAAUUAAAAUUCAUACCCACUUUUUCUCCCCCAUGUCCAAAGUAACAAAUACUUGAUCAAACAGACAAACAAAAAAAUUAUGAAAGCACAUGCACAUACUUUAGCCAAGAGCAUUUGCUAUUCCUUUAGGAAGCUAGUUUCACCAUUAUGUGCUGCACCCCAAUUUGUUGCUCAACAACACUACAAAAACAGAUGACUGAAUCCAGGCCAGCACCUCACAGAGUUACUCGAGUGACUCUGUACAUCCUGCACAAGGCAGCAUUAUCCAAGUGCAGUCUGUGGGCAUGCUUAUUUUGCCAGGUACAGUCGCUUACUAGCUAUGCCUAUAGCAUGAACUGCCAGGUCACAAAACAGUUCUACUCCAGAAGGCAGGUAGAUACACCAAGUCAUGACUGUAGGUCCUUGUUGCUUGUAUGUAGUUCUUGCCUCCUCGCAUGACUGAUUAGUGUGAACUCAGUUCUGUGCAGCUGUACGGUUUCCAGACGAGAGCUUGGUUUUGCCCUCCUGGUUCACAGAACUAGCCUGUCUCAUCAUUCCCUGGCUGCCCACAUCUUUAGGGGAAAACAUCUUCCGCAGGUUAAAGCCCACAUUUAAGGGAAGGGCAUGUCCAACCAGUCUGUGACACAAAUGUUCUCAUUUAGCGAGUCUAGAUCACUUAAAUGUUGUUCAUGAAAGACAUAAUAUAUGUUUUCCAUCAGUGCAAUACUGUUUUGAUAUAUACAGAGAGUAGUGGGACAGUUGGUGUGAAUUUCAAAAGGAUUCUAUUUGGUCUCUUUAAGUUGUUGGCCAAUGUCCUUACUGGAACAUUCUCUACCUUGAUCUUUACCUACUCCUUUAGGUUCCCAUUUCCAUAGUCUUGUCUUACGUUGGUGGACACUUAAUAUUUACAUAUUUCUGCUAAAAUCUGUGGGCUUCACUAGACUAUGAAAUAAUCAACAGUGGAAAUUAUAGAGACAUACAUAAAAAACUUCUCCUUAAAAAUAAAAUUACUUAAAAGGAGUGAGAAAUAGAAACUGUCAAACCAUGACUCAGCAUAAAUAUACUUCUUCUACUCCCAAAUUGCAAUUCUGCACAAUCCUGGCCACAGCUGUUUCUCAGAGCUUCUUGGCAUCUUCCAUUUGGAUUGCCAAGAUGAUAUAUACAUAUGUGUGUGCAUGCAUGCACACACAGACCAAAAUCUCUCAGUCUGACACCUGAAUACAAGUUUUAAGAGGCUAAAACACUAAUGUGACAUAAUGCAAAUUUUAAAUACUUUUGCUCACUCUCACUUUGGGAGGAGUCAUGCAUCUUUUGUAUAUCCAUUAGCUACAGAAGAAAUUUUAAUUGCACAAGGAACAAAGGAUAGACCCUGCUGAGAUUGUACCUCCCUGUUGUUGGUCUGUCUUUAAUGAAAGAUAUCCUUAGUGGCAUUUAAAGAAGGCGAAAUCCAUUUUAAUUGUACAGGCUGGAAUGCACCAGUGUCACCUUUGUAUGAUAGGUUUGGAUUUUAUCAAAGGAAGGAAAGGUUUUUUAGGGAAGAAGAUAACAAUUAUGUAGUGACUGUAGCAGUAAUUCAAAGGAGCCCAGUGGGAGAUUUCCAAGACAGGAAAGUACUUUGCCAUUGGGUUUGGUACAGAAAAAAAAAAAAAGAAAAAAAGAAAAAAUAAAUAUAUAUAUAUAUAUUAAUGACAGACAUUCUGCUGUUUGUGUGCUAGUCACUGUUUAGGACAUUAAGAUGUAAAAGCAGAGUUUUUCAGCCAUAAAAGCAAAGGUUACAAUCAUGAACACUUUCCAGUCAAACUGGAGAAUGUGCAAGUACCAACUGAAUGGCUUGAAAUUGCCUUCCAAUUCAGUUCUGCUGCCAGAAAGGGAAUUAAAGGAGUUGAAACUAUUGUCAUUCUUGGCCACAGGGACCUCGGAAAAUCACUUGUUUCUUUUGCGCAUGAGGCCAACCCUGAAGAAUGAAGGUGUAACCACUCUGGAAUCUGUGCUUUUGAAAUCACUCUGGCAGGCCAGUUGGGAAAAAGUGUUAGCAAUACUGAAGAAGAACUGUAUAUUUUAAUUGGCUCUGAAGAAUAAUUGCACGACUGGAGAUGUGCUUCCUUGUAUUUCUAUCUGAACAUUUGGUGCCUAGACUCAUACAGAUACCUUAGACCAGAGAUCUUUAGACCACGGUCCACAAAGCACUUGCUGAUCUUUCAUGGGAGCCUGGCUGAUCACAAAGUGCUGGCUUCUUCCAUUGAUUUCCAGCUACAAAAGUGAAAUAAAAGUUCAAUGUUAAUUAAAAAUGAACUGUCAAAGGUUUUAAAAGCAAAAAAAAUAAUGUUAGCUUGUGUGGAUGUUUAUUCAGUUGCUAUGUUUGUAAAAGGAAAACUUUUUGAACAAAACUGGGACACUAAGACCUCCAAAAAGAGUAAAUGGGGGGGCUAGUCCAUGUUUAAACACUGGAUGAUAGCAGAGUUCACCUGGGGAUGUUUUCUUCAGAGAAACCAAGUCCAAACCGAGAGAGAGCAUAGCUGCGGGUGUAAAUUCUGUAUUGGAUAGUGUGCAACCUUGCUGUUCUUUAUAACACAUCAUUUAUGAGGUGAGAGGAAAUAAACAUGAUAGUAACAGACAGCAUACAGAAAAUGUUGGGUCCUUAGGGGAAAUCAGAGUGCUAUGUUCAGGAUGAAUAAUGUGACCAUGACUUUUUUAUUGUAUUGGAAAUAAGUGUCAAGGCUGACCCCCCCCCAAAAAAGAGACUUUUGUGCCUAGAGUUUCAGCAGAAUUUAAUACCUACCUUUAAAAAUCAAUUUUAAACCCACUGUUCAACUGUCACUUUACUCAGGCAUCUGCAUGUGCUCAAAACUCCCCUGAUCUUGACACAUUAUACUCAUGCUAAAAAGGAUGAGGGAUCCAGAAAAGAGCAUUUCCUCUUUUAAACCUCUGUAUACCCCAUGAGUGAGUACUAACAGUGCACAGCACAUAGGCCAACAGGCUCAUACUUCCUACAAAAUGAAGUAGAAACCAUCAUCUGUUUUAAGGCUAUAGGUCUGGUUACACUGCUGUUUUUGUAAUAGCCUCGAGGUUAAGAGUAGAAAGGUAAAAGAUAAGGCACCUAAAUUCAGACCAGCCAUUGCCAGAGAUGAUUGAAAUCUUCCUCCUGCCUGGAAAGUACUCUAAAGACUCUGUGUUGGGGCACCUUCUGUUCAUCUCACUAAGAGCUUCACAAGAUAGAAACAAAGAAUUCCAGAGCAGAAAAGGAACAGAUACUCUACACCCUGAUAGGACAUACACUGGAUAUAAUUAGGGAUGGUAUAUGACCAUUUGAUACAAAGUACUUUAAAAAUCUCAGGAGCAGAGACAAGGUGAGUAUUUUAACUAUAAAGAUGUGGAGACAACAUUUUUUCUGUGCUAUGUGUGGUUCAAAAAACCCCUUGAUACUUUCCUGAAAAGUGCUUUAGUGACAAGAGGGGAGAAUGUGCCCUUCCUUACCCCUUUGUCUGCAACCAUCUUGUCUUCCAUCUGGAGUUCUCAGGCCCCUCCACAGAAAGGAGGAAUCUGAGUCUUCUUGGGUAGGUGAAGGAAUUAAACUUCGGGUUCCCACUUCUCUGAGGCUGCAGAAAAGAAAAAGGUACUAAUUUCAUUUUUCUCCACCCAACUUUUGCAAAGAUGACCUAUCUUUGAGAGAAAAAGUAUGGCCAUGAAAAGAAGUCUGUCCCAGAUGACAAUUAGUGUUUUCUGCACACUGCAUUUUCACACUGCCUUGAGUAAUCUCAGACAUUUCUUUCCUUGUUCACGGUAAGGUUAGGCAUUUAAUAAAGGGUUCUGGACUACACAGUAGAACCAAAGAGUAUUAAAAAAUAGGUAUUACACUGCACAAUUUCAAGUGCUUAAGUCCUUUACAGGCAGUGGCCCUUAACUUUGUGAGGUCAAUGGAAUCACUCCAGAUUAAUAUCCAUGUAAAGAAAAUAAAAGUUUCAUACUGGCCAACCAAGCCUAGAUCUUUGUUGUUUGCUUCAGCAGAGAAAGAUAAUGACAUGAUGCUGUUCCCGCUUUGUUACGAAUCAAAGAGCAAAUGUGUUUUAGUAGGUUAGCUCCUGAAGCUACUUGCUAGGCUUGGUGAAUAGUACCUUCCCACCAUUCUUUAUCAUUGCUACUCUAGCAGGUACCCCAAUGGGACAAUCUUACUUUGACUAAAUGUGUUAAGGGAUGUGAGAGAACAUGUCCAAAAAUAAGAAACAGGUCACAGUUUUCUGGAAGUUUUCAUCAAUCUCAUAAAAGGAAGUCAAUACUCACCAUGAACAAGAAAAUAAUUCAUCUGCUACUCCUUUCAGUGUGCACUGCACAUAUUAAAGGCUUCAGUUGAAUUAUCUGAAUUCACCUUUUUUGCUAUGGUUUAUUAUUAUACCCUCUGUUCAAAUCUCUGCAAUUGCCACUUACAAUUUUAUACUGUGAAAAGGAAAAAAUUUACAGACCAGUGAAGCAUAAAGGUAAGUAAAUUCAUUUAGGUGAAGAAUUGGUGUUUGUGGCUGGUUUUGUCUCAUCUGAGUAAUGACAGUAAAAACAAACAGUAAUCAUUAAGUCACUCCAUUCUGCCAAAUGGGAACAAAGAUACUAUGUAUAUUACAUGUACUAAUAGGAUUAUAUGGCAGCUGCUGGUGGUAUUUGUAAUUAGAAAUCUAUAUAGAAUAUAGAUGUUUUAGAAAGACGGUGCCAAUUCUAAAAGAUUUGUGUGGGCUAAAAGUGCUUGUAAUUAUUUUUUUUAAUUUGCUAAUAACUUAUGAACAACUGGUUUCAAACAUUCUGUGAGUGUUCUUUUUAUGUUGUUGCUGCUUAUACAAUUAAAAAAAUAGAGAAUGUAAAGUUAUUCUUUUGAUGUGAACUGAAAAUGAUUUUUCAUAAAAUUUAACAUUUUUAUCAUCAGCUUUGGUUUUGCUUUCUACCUGUACAAAUGUAAUUUAUUUUAGCAUUGAAAAAUACAUUUGCUCGUUUCUCGAUUGUCUACAUCAUGUUAUAGUUGGUGUUUAUGUAGAGUCAGGUACUUUUUGAACAGUAUUAAAAAAAUUCUGUGAUAUGACUGAAAAA